GUAAAAGCAACAGUUUGUUUAUGUUGUUAUUUCUUCGAUGUUCCAUUCCGAUGCACUUGCAUCUAGGUACACUUACAAUGUUUUUAAAACGGUUCUUGAAUAUUUCUACUAUCCAUGUACGUAAUAUAUCGCACGUGCAGGGCCAAUCACCGGCACCGAAGGUGCGCGAAUAUUUUUACUACAUCGAUCACGAAGGCAUGCUGUUCCUGGACGAUGCUAGAAUGAAAAACUUCACUUCCUGCUUCAAAGAGAAAAAGUUUCUGGAAUUCUUUUUCAACCGGCUGAAGGUGAACGAUACCGACCGGUACAAGGAAGAAUUUCCCUUCCUCUCCAUAUGCGGUCGUGAAAGGAACUACAUCCGAUGCGAUGACCUACCAAUUGUGUUUACUCACAUAUUCGAAGACAGUGACAAUGCGGAAAUGAUAUCCUACGCACAUGUCGGUGAUAAGCUGCGAAUUCCAUGGGAACCGAAUCGUGUUUGUAUGUUUCCGGACAGCGGGCGAGUGUACCAUCCAGCUCCGGACCGUUACGGGUCGAUCGGGUUGAUACGCUCCAAGCUUGCAAUUGAGCUUAGUUCCUACUUUACCUUCGAUAACGGAGAAGACCAACCACCAACCAGUUUGCGAUGGAAGAAUAAGGAGUUUGAACUGGAUCAGCACUGGUGGAGGGAAACGUACAUCGGUAAAAGGAAAGCCAAAGUGCUGUAGAAUUGUUACAGUCCAUGCAAUAUCGCAGAGAAGAAAACCUUGUGAUAAUCAUUAGUAUACUUAUAGAAAGAUAAACAUGGUAAAGAUGGUUACUAUGUAAAAAGCGAAAGGUUGUUAAUUUACAUUUUAUUGUUAUUUUCAAACUUUUUUGAAAAAUCGCCCUAGUACGAGGGUAAGUUUCAAAUGACAUGAAUUGUUUGUUCGUUCAAUUAUUUUCGCUUGGAUCUAAUAAAGCUUGUUGCGCAUA